AUGGUGACUUUAAAGCACCUGAGUGUGAAGGAGCAUGACGUAAACAGUGUUCUGCUGCUGGCUGAAGCAGACAGUGCUGAGGGCCCAGGCAUUAAACAGAGGAGGGAGUCCAGAGAAUUCUUCCUCACACAGUGGAAAAACCUUGGUCUGAGUCUCGCUCUGCUCCUGAGCUGUUAUUCAGCAAUCCUUGUCCCUGCUUAUCUGCCUGCUAAAGAGCCGGCCUGGAUUGAAAGCUCCAAAGAUGACUACAUGGCGAUAUUGAAUCACUCAGCGGCUCUGCUGUCACGGCCAUGCAUAAGUGACUUGAGCAAGGCAAAGCUGCAGAAAGUGCUGAAUUUCCAUAGCCUGCUUCAGAUUCCUGUGUUCCUGCAGAAUGGAACCAGACACUGGGAAUUGGUACCUCCACUUGGUCUUCUAGGCACUGAGGGUACGUUGGCACAGGCACUUAGUGUUCUGCCCCACUCUGGACUGCCCUCUGUCCCAGACAGGUGUAGAAGAUGUAUGGUGGUUGGGAGUGGUGGAAUUUUACAUGGCAAACAUCUUGGAGCCCAUAUCGAUAAAUAUGACAUCAUUAUAAGAAUGAACGAUGCACCAGUGUUUGGAUUUGAGGAAGAUGCAGGCUCAAGAACCACAGUUCGACUGAUAUAUCCUGAAGCAGCAUCCUUCUUGGCACAGGAAUAUCAGAACACAGACAUUGUCGCUUUAGUUGUAUUCAAGAAGCUGGAUUUAGAGUGGUUGACCUCCAUUGUAACAAAAAAGCCUUUGAGCUGGUGGUCUAAACUUUGGUUCUGGAGAGACGUUGUAAAGGAUAUUCCACUUCAGCCAAGAAACUUUCGCAUCUUGAACCCUGAAAUUCUGAGCCAGACAUGGCAUGUGAUGCAAACCUAUGGAAGUCAUGAAAGUAAGACGGUGCCUACUCUAGGCGUCACUGGCGUGGUCUUGGCACUACAGCUUUGUGAUGAAGUGAGCCUGGCAGGCUUUGGCUAUGACUUCAAACAUCCUGGAUCAUUGCUCCAUUACUAUGGGACUGUGCGCAUGGAUCACAUGACCGCACAAGUAGUGCAUGAUGUCAGCACAGAGCGCAGUUUACUGCGGAAACUUGUCAAGUCUGGAGUGGUGUAUGAUGUGACAGGUGCUGUAUAA